AUGAGUGUGAACAAGAGCUCUGCAGUGGCCGAUGAGCCCAUUGAUGUGCUCAUCGCCCUGCACCCCAAGUUUGACAUUCUGGACCUCACCGGUCCCAUGAAGGUCUUUACCACGGCCGCCCACGACUUCAACGACCAGUCCAGCAAAGCCUUCGAGGUCACCAUUGUCGGAGCCGAACCAAAGGUUCUUUCCGAGCAGGGUGCUGUUAUCGGUUCUCAAAUCACCUUCAAGGAGGCACACGAGCGCCUCGAGGACUUUGACAUUCUCGUCAUCCUCGGCGGCAACUCGGAGGAGAUUCUCAAGACCGAUGCGCAGCCCCUCGGCCUCAUCAACGACUUUGCCGAGCUCCAGAAGCGCGAUCCCGGCAGGGAGCGAACCAUGUUCUCCAUCUCAGGCGGAUCCCUCUUCCUCGCCCGCGAGGGCAUUCUCUCUGGCCUCUCCGCCACCUGCCACCCCGACUUCAUGACCAAGUUUGAGAAUGAGUGCAGCGAUGCUGCUACUCGCAACCUCCAGGAGCGCACUGACGUUAUCGAGGAUGCCCGAUACGUCGUCAACAACCUUCGCUUUGACCUCGGCGAUGAGGACGAGAACCCAUACAUUCGUCGCAAGUCCGAUGCAGGCCGCCGACCAUCCCAGACAGCUCGCAAGGGCAGCAUGUCCUUCAAGGAGACUGGCCGUCGUGAGUCGAUCGCCCGCCGUGCUGCCAUGCGCCUUGGCGGUCUUCGUGUCAUUACGGCUGGAGGCAACAGCGCUGGCAUCGAUGCUGCUUUGUAUCUUGUCAGCGCUCUGGUUGACGAUGGGUGUGCGGCGGAAGUCUCCAGGAUCAUGCAGUGGAACUGGAGCAAGGGCGUGGUUGUCGACGGUCUCGAUGUCUAA